CUUCCAGUCCAACUGCAGAUUGAAGACCAGACUCGUAAACUGCGUACAGGAGACCUGGGAAUCCCUGUUAACCCUGAGGACAGGUCUCCCUCUCCAGAGCCUAUCUACAACAGCGAGGGCAAGCGGUUAAACACACGCGAGUAUCGCACACGGAAGAAGAUUGAAGAGGAGCGUCACUCUCUCAUCACUGAGAUGGUUGGCCUCAACCCAGACUUCAAACCUCCUGCAGAUUAUAAACCUCCAGCCACUAGAGUCAACGACAAAGUGAUGAUUCCCCAAGAUGAAUACCCUGAAAUCAACUUUGUUGGUCUACUUAUCGGGCCACGUGGUAAUACAUUGAAAAACAUUGAGAAGGAGUGCUGCGCCAAGAUCAUGAUCCGGGGAAAAGGCUCUGUGAAGGAGGGGAAGGUCGGCCGAAAGGACGGGCAGAUGCUGCCAGGAGAAGAUGAGCCUCUGCACGCCCUGGUCACCGCCAACACAAUGGAGAACGUCAAGAAAGCUGUGGAGCAGAUACGCAACAUUCUGAAACAAGGUAUUGAGACGCCUGAGGAUCAGAACGACCUACGGAAGAUGCAGCUGAGGGAGCUGGCCAGACUCAACGGCACACUGAGGGAAGACGACAACAGGAUCCUCCGUCCUUGGCAGAACUCGGAGCCUCGCAGCAUCACCAACACCACCCUCUGUACCAAGUGUGGUGGAGCAGGCCACAUCUCCUCUGACUGCAAGUACACCAGCUCAUUUGCUGCCCACAGAGCGACAGGUGGAGAGCCUCCCCAGUCAGCGCAGGAUAAGGCUCGUAUGGACAAGGAGUAUCUGUCCCUGAUGGCUGAGCUAGGAGAGGCCCCGGUCCCCUCAUCAGGUGGAGGACACUCCAACAACCAUGGAGGAGGGCCUCGGUCCUCAGGGCAGAACAACAACCAGCCACCACCGCAGAACCGGCCUCCCUGGAUGAACUCCGGUCCGUCGGAAAACAGGAACUACCACGGCAUGCAUGGUGGUCACGGAGGUCAUGGAGGUCAUGGUGGCCAUGGUGGCCAUGGAGGACUCCAACACUACCCUCCACCAAUGCCCAGCAUGGGAGGCCCCCCAAUGCCCCCAAACCCCAACGGCAUGCCUCCCCCCUGGAUGCAGCCUCCCCCGCCUCCCAUGGGCCAGAGUCACGGACAUCCCAUGGGUAAGAGUGGACCUUUCCGUCUGAUAAAUGCUAAAGACCUGGAGGACAUUAUCCAACAUCUGAAAUCCUCCUCCUGUAGCCUCGACAUUAUCCCGACAGGAUUUUUCAAAACUGUUUUUCCUUGCUUGGCUUCAGAUAUACAGGACU